CGGAUGCGUGACGUCAUGUAUUAAAUAUCGUCCUUCUUUCUUUUCAUUCAAUGAAAUUACUUGCGUUGGAUAUCAUAAGAGAUUGGGUAAACUAAAGUUCAGGAGGUAAGACUCAGUGGAAAGUAUCAUGGCUGAAACUGAUGAUGGAGCAACACGGAGGCCUGGUGAAGAUACCAGUAACACAUCAACACAGGGAUAUAACUGGAAUGAAGUCAUUGCACAUAUGAAGGCUAAUAAAAUAGAGAGUGGCCUUUGGCUGACCAGGAUAUGCAGUGUGUUCUUCAGUAUACUCUUUAUAUUCCCUAUCACUGGAGGAAAUCCUCAAAGUUAUUAUCAGAAGGCGCUGAUCAGCAAUGCAGCUACGAGUGCACUACGACUUCAUCAGAGGCUGCCCAAUUUUCAAAUGAGCAGAGAAUUCUUCACACAGAUGUUUCAGGAAGACAGCUGUCAUUACUUGUUUUUUUCUCUUAUUCUGAUGACAGUCUAUCCAAUGACAAUGGCUUUGGUGCCAAUAUUUCUCUUUGCAUUGCUCCAUGCCUCAAGCUUCACAAGAGCUCUUCUUGAUAAACUAGGACCCAAUUCCCUGCAGUUGGUGCGUAAUUUGAUUGGCAAGUUAGAUGGCCAACAAGUGAGCAUCCUGAGAUUCGUAGCCUGCACAGAGAUUUUCAUCAUGCCAACCUCCAUCUUUAUGAUAUUUACUGGGCGAGCUUCAUUAUUGUUUCCAUUCCUUUACUACCGGUUCUUGAGUCUACGCUAUACUUCUAGAAGAAAUCCAUAUUGCAGGACCUUAUUUUGGGAGUUAAGGAUGACCAUUGAACACCUGGUCAACAAGCCACAGUGUCCACAAGCUGUUAGAAACCUAACUUUUAAAGGUAUAGCAUUUGUGAACAGACUUGCCCCAACAUAUGUUACACAACAACAACAGCAGCAGUAAUGAGAUAUUCUGAGAAAGACAUUCACUUCAAGAGAUUGUUUGCUUCUAGCUGAAAAAAAUCUCCAGUUGCAAUUUCUGGAGUACUUGAUGACUUGGGAUGGUCCAUGAAAACAGCUUUAGUAUUUCAAUAAUAUAAAAAAUGAAAGAACUGCAUAAUGCAUUGUUAAAACAAUUCACAAAUGAACAAAAUGUGGAUUUCAGACCCAUUGAUUAAAAUAUCCCUAAAUUAUUAAUAGAAAAUUGAAAUACCAAGCAUUGGAUAAAGCACAAGUUUUUCAUAUUUGUAAGAAUAAUUAUGGAGUGAAAAUGUCCUUCCACAUUUUCAUGGAUCAGCAUUUAAGUGUAGCACAUUUAGAUCAGUCAAAUUGCACAGUGAAUAUCCCCGAAAAGUGUUCUAGAUGAAAUGAAAUAUGACUAAUUGCAGUUUUGCUCCAAAUUUUCCACCUUAGUUCUAAUACAACGAUGGAAAACUGAAUUCACAUGUAAUGAACAGAUAUGGUGUGACCUGAAAGGAAUAUGGGUCUAAAAUGCUGUUAGGUGACCAUAUUGAUUUACCAUUGAUCUAAAUGCCUGAGACAUAGUGGUGUCUUUGUACACAGGGCAGGACUAAUAUAGAGACCCCACUGAGGAUAAGAUAUUUGAACCAUUGGUUUAUUAAUAUGAUGAGCUAACAAACUUGAUGCUUGGUUUGGUGUCGAGUUCCACCACAUCUAAACAUAUCUUUAUUGUGUUAAUGAUAUAAGACUGUACUGCUGAUAGAGUAAUAUACAGAAACAGUUAUAUCAUAGUGAAAUUAGCCUCAUUUCUCUUUUUUUUAUCUAAGUGAAAGAAAAACCAUGAAAUAUUAUGACUUGCAACAAAUAGCACCUAGCAAACCCAUAUGUGAGAGAUCAGAAAAGACAAAAAUAAGUGAUUAAAA